AGAACUUCGUUUUCGCGAUCGUAGUCGUGGUCAGGUGAAUGCCAUCGGGGCAACGUGCCUGGCAUUCCAAGAGAUAUAUAUUCUGAGUGGCGGUUCUUUAUACUAUAUAGCAGCCAAUUUAUAUAUGGUCUGCCCCUACGUUCAAAAACGAAAACAAAUUGGGAAGAUAUAACCGCAGCGAAAGCAAAAAAUAUCAAAAUGUUUGCAAUUUUGCCAGUUUUAUUACUUUGUGUGCAUUUGCUGCAUUUUAAAACUGUCUCGGGAGCAGAUCUUCGAUCCGUUUCGGGAGGGGCAGGAGCUCCACCUCCAGUUCUAGCUCCUGUGUGGCAAAAUGGUGAAAUGAAUGCGGCGCCCGAGGCAGGAUUGUUAAAAGCCAAUGCCACCGCCGAGGAAAACUACGGCGGAGCGGUGGUGGAUUCCUCAUCAGCAAAUCUGAAUCGCCAGCGACGUCAGUUUUUCUUCGAUCCGAGUAUUUUGCUGUGGCAGGGAGGACUUGGUGGCGCUGGUGGAGUAUCUGGAUUACCUGGUGGCUGGGGCGGUCCCGGCGAGGGAUCCAAGUGCCUUACAUCUCGCGGCGAACGGGGCGUAUGCGUCCGCAUCGAUGGAUGUCGCCAGUAUUACCGGGUGGCCCGUCAAAUAUCCAUCUUCACCCUGCGCCAGUGGCCGCAGACCAAUGGUCUUGGCCUAAAUGGCAACAUGUGCAACUUCUUCGAUCUGCUGGGCAGGGUUAACAAUGGAAUCUGCUGCACAGACAUCGAUGCCAAUACAUUUGGGGUGUUUCCACUGCCCACGACCACGACCACGACUACGGAGAAGCCUUCGAUGGCAGCUGACGAGGAGGAGGACAGGGUGGAUGUGAUGCCCGAGGGUGAAGUGGAUGGUGAACAGCCCCGACCCGAGGAUCCCAUUGAUAAUGGGAACAGUGUUGAGGAUAUGCCGGAUUUCCAGGAUGUCAACACAAUUGAGGGAAAUGCUCCUAAUUCCGAACCCCAGCCCGCAGAGGAACCGGUGGAGCAGCCUAUUCCCACGCAGCCACCCACCACAAUCUAUCCCUACCAAUGGCCAUUUGGUACCUUUGGCGGUGGAGUGGCCCAGUGGCCACCAGCUCUGCCCACUCAUCCACCCACAACUGGGGGCUGGCCACCACCGCUGCCCACCCAUCCGCCGAACCAUCAUUAUCCCACGCAUCCCACCACCGGCGGAGUUCCGAGCACCAAGCGCACCACUCCGCGACCUUUUGGACCCACCAGACCACCCACCACCACCAGGCGACCCAGCUAUCCCAGUUAUCCCACCACGGCUGUGACAACCACGACCACGACGCGCCGACCUGCGAGUGGCUCCAGUCCCGAGGGACUCCCGCUGCAGUGCGGCAACAAGAAUCCGGUGACUCCCGACCAGGAGCGGAUUGUCGGGGGCAUCAAUGCCAGUCCGCACGAGUUCCCCUGGAUAGCGGUGCUCUUCAAGUCGGGCAAGCAGUUCUGCGGCGGCAGUCUCAUCACCAACAGCCACAUCCUGACCGCAGCUCAUUGUGUGGCGAGAAUGACCUCGUGGGACGUGGCGGCCCUGACAGCCCAUUUGGGUGACUACAACAUCGGCACGGACUUUGAGGUGCAGCAUGUGUCGCGCAGGAUCAAGCGGCUGGUGCGGCACAAAGGAUUCGAAUUUAGCACCUUGCACAACGAUGUUGCCAUACUCACGCUGAGUGAACCGGUGCCCUUCACCCGUGAGAUCCAACCGAUUUGCCUGCCCACCUCGCCCUCGCAGCAAUCCCGCUCGUACAGUGGUCAAGUGGCCACGGUGGCCGGAUGGGGAAGUCUGCGGGAGAACGGACCUCAGCCCUCGAUCCUGCAGAAGGUGGACAUUCCGAUCUGGGCGAAUGCCGAGUGUGCCAGGAAAUACGGACGAGCUGCGCCCGGCGGCAUCAUUGAAUCGAUGAUCUGUGCUGGCCAGGCGGCCAAGGAUUCCUGCAGUGGCGACUCUGGUGGACCCAUGAUCAUCAACGAUGGCGGACGCUACACCCAGGUGGGAAUCGUAUCCUGGGGCAUUGGCUGCGGCAAGGGCCAAUAUCCUGGUGUCUAUACUCGUGUCACUUCGCUCCUGCCCUGGAUUUACAAGAACAUCAAAUAAACAUAGGAUUCCGUUUAGUCUAAGACGUGAUACGCUGCAAUAAAAUAAGAGCGAACGAUUCAAUAAAAUGACAACAUCAAAAGUAUAGAAAAGUU